AUGAGCGCUGUCACGACCAUUCCCUCAUUCCGAUUCGGCGAAGUAUCUAGCGCGCAAUGCGUGGACUUCGUGGAACGAUGGCGGCUUCUGCAUAUCCGGCAUCACCACGUCGUUCCAGCAGAGGCGAAGAAGAAGCUUUUGCAUUUCAUCCUUGGCAGCAGCCUUGGGGCCUGUUGGACCUCUGAGAGCCCUAGCGGAUCCUUGCAGAACGCCUGCGAGGCCAUGCAAGGCGCCGGCGGCCAGUGGUACAGUAGCUUCGUGCUGCAGGGUGGGCUGGGUAGCGCCUUCAUGGACUGCUUGCAGGAAGUUGUAGGCCCUCAGGUCUUGGCGCAUCCCUUGGGACUUUUAUGGCACUCCACGGGGACGGUGUGGUCCUUCUUCGGGUCCAACCCUUCUGCGGACAGUUUGGCCGGGAAGCCGGAACACCGGGACCAGCUGCGGCCCGGGGUCAUCACCAUGCACACCCAGGUCUCGGGGGAGAAGAUCUGGAAGUUGCGGCCGAGCAAUGACUGGGAUGCCCCCUUUCUGCCCUGCGAGCGCUUGGAGGUGUGCUGCCGACCGGGAGACCAACUCGUCAUAGACACGGCUGCCUGGUACCACGCGACUUCCAUACCACCCGGCACUGACUUUACCUGGUCCGUGGCCCAAGACUUGAGCUCUGAGGAAAACCCGAUUGAGCUGGAGUCUGUUCAACUUCGUGUGUCUCAUCAGCUCUGCCAGCUUUGCAUGACGCCAACUGCCGAGCCCAUGGGAGCACCUCCUGGCACGUGUGGAUGCGACUGCUGCAGCCAGAAGCGCUUGAAUCAUCGUCUUUGGCGGCCAUCAGGCCCAAGCAUUCCCAAGGGCCCUGGAGACCGUUGGAAGAUACCCACCAACUACGAGGUGAAGCAACUCAUCGGGACAGGCUCCUAUGGAAGCGUGUGUGAGGCUUUUGACACCGAUAAGAAGCGGCUGGUGGCUAUCAAGAGGAUCGCCCACAUGUUCGAGGAUCUCAUUGACUGCAAGCGCAUCCUCCGCGAAAUUGCAAUCCUCUCCAAGCUCGAGCAUGAGAACAUUGUGCAGGUUUAUGACAUUGUUGCGCCGAGCAACAUCCACACGUUUGAUGAGCUGUACAUGGUCAUGGAAAUUUGCGACUCUGACCUGAAGAAGCUUUGUCGAACGGACGUGACGCUGACACCGUUGCACAUCAACACCCUUCUGUACAACCUCCUGGUGGGGCUCAGGUACCUGCACUCAGCUGGAAUCUACCAUCGCGACUUGAAGCCUGCAAACUGCCUGGUCAACCAGGAUUGCUCCGUUAAGAUCUGCGACUUCGGGCUGUCGCGGGCCAUCGAAGCUGCGGAGCAGCCGCAUCUCCACGCGUUGCCGAACACGCCGCGAGGUGAUGGCGAACCGGAGGCAGUGCCUGGAGUUCCCCACACUCAACGCUUGAAGAGGAAUCUCACUGGGCAUGUGGUCACCAGGUGGUACCGCGCACCGGAGCUCAUCCUUCUGCAGGAGAAUUACACAGAGGCGAUCGACAUUUGGUCCGUUGGCUGCAUUUAUGCGGAGCUUCUCGGCAUGCUGGAGGGCACCCGUACGCAGGACCGAGGUCCGCUCUUCCCUGGGUCCUCCUGCUUUCCGCUGUCGCCGGACCACAAGCACAAGACAGACUACAAAUACCACACGCGGGGAAAGCAUGACCAGCUGAACAUGAUCUUCAACCUUCUUGGAACUCCAAUGGAAGGCGACAUUGAGCAGCUGGAGCGUGAAGAUGCCAAGAGGUAUAUUCGCUGUUUUGCUGCGCGCGAGGGCGAUGGCUUGGCAGCAAAAUUCCCUGCCGUGGAUGCAGAUGCCAUCGACAUCCUGAACAGAAUGCUGCGGUUCAACCCAAAGGACCGCAUUGCUGUGACAGAGGCCCUGGAGCACAGGUUGUUCACCUCUGGCGCGAACGUUAUCCGCGACACAUCCAGGGAAACGUCUGCGCCACAGUAUAUCACACUCGACUUUGAGAAGGAGCCAGAUCUGGACGAGAAAUUGCUGCGGAAGUAUUUUUGCAAG